AUGUGUCUUAGCAUCUCUAUGCCCCUAGGGAUUAUACAGCCGUUUGCGAUCUGCUCGGACUGGCUUGGGGGCCCAGAUGGCUUUAUUCCACCGGGUUCUGGAGAAAACUCGGUAAACAGGUCGAACUUUCGACACAGCCCUGUUCAGUUCUUGCGAGUUCUUAUAGAAAAGAUCCGACAGGAAUGUGGAUUAAUCGAGAAGACGGAUAUCAGGAAGAUUUUCGAAAGUAGAGAUACUAUCAUCCUCGUCGGCGGCGACAGUAUUCUCUGGGUGUAUUUUAUAAGCGCAAUAGAGAUCAUUGCUUCAAAAAGAGAGGCAUUGGCUGGUACGAUCAACUUUGACCUCCACCUGAUGAUCGAAUUCGCCAACGCACGCAGCUUUUCCGUCCUUCGACACUUGAGGGACUUCUUCUCGCUUGUAAUCUUUACACACGCCUGUGAGGUUACGGAGCCGAGGGAUAGGGUGUAUGCCCUGGUAGGUCUCGCAGAGGGUGGCUUUACCAGCGAGAUCAACAUCAACUAUAGAAAGAAUGUCAGGGAUGUUCAUCGCGGGGCUUUGGCUCGGGCGUCAUCGUACCAUCAAGAUCUAAAGUUACUAUCGCUGUGCGACUCGGCCUCCGAACCAACAUGGAUACCUGACUUGGAGAGGAUACAGCACUUGCGACCCAUGACUUAUGGUCGGGCUGCACUUUGCUCAGCCGAGAGAGCACAUGCAUUUACCAAAGAGCAACUGCUAGUGCAAGGAGUCCGAUGCGACUACAUCACGGAGCUGAUCGGACCCCAGGACGGCCAAGAUUCCCAAGCACAACUCGAAGCCGUUGUACUAGAGGCAGCACGACGCUUUCUGGGUCCUGACCCAAAGACCUGGAAUUUCCAAAAGGUUCAGCAAUUUUCCCUCAGGUUGCUCGUGAAUGACUUCUACACUUAUCCUCCCGUCAUUUUCAAGACGCAAGACCAGUUGGCUGAGAGAAUCAGCUCCAAUAGUGAGACGCUCGGUGCUCAACUCGCAUACUUGACCUAUUUCAUGCAUGGUCGAUCCAUAUACUUAACGGAAAUGGGCUACAUCACAUUAGGACCGCGAAACUGUCAGCCUCGUGACCUUGUAGUCGUCUUUCUUGGCAGCCAUCUCCCCCUAGUCCUUCGACCUAUAGAAGACGGCGAGUACAAGAUUAGAGGACCAUGUGCUCACCUAGCGCUCUUAUCUGGCGAAGCGAUCCUUAGCGAGAUGCCAAAGGGUUGGCGAUUGCGGUACCUCAAACGUGUUGGGGAUCCGCUUUUUGAGACUCCAGAAGGAGAGCGGCAGCAUAUAGAUUCGAGGCUGGAUAAUAUUCCUGUCCCGGAAGAAUGGGAACUUCGUUGGAGAGAUAAUGGCACGCCGUUUUGGUAUAUUGCUAAAGAAGAUCGAUGGACGAACUUUGAUCCGAGACUUACAUUAGAAAGCCUUCGGAAGAGUGGAGUAAAGGUGAACGAUUAUAUAUUGCGGUAG